AUGCAGAAUAAUUUAGCGGCGUAUUUUGCUCAGGGGAAUGCUUCUCAGGGGAAUGCUACCCCGGGUAGAGUCGCAUUGAACAGAAGCUCAUCGAAUGAUGAAUACGGAACAAGCAGUGUAAAUAAACAAGUCCCAAAUUACGACGAUAUGGGUCCUUCUGUGUCUAUGGCGGUUCAUGCUGAUGACGACGACCAUUUCAAGAAUUCUACGUUCAAUUUGAAAAGAACACGAUCCAUGGGACUGUUGGAUCCAUACAUCGACGAUACUCAGAAACUUCUGGCAGGUUCGAGCUCUGUUGAUUCCGAUAACUUCUCUAACAGUAACAUCGAUGGCUUGAGUAACGACCUCAAUAGUGGUGACAGUAGCGGGAGCAUGAAUAAUAUUAACAACAACAACAACAACAACAACAACAACAACAACAACAACAACAACGACAACGAAAACAAAACUGAUAAUAUCAAUAAAAACAGUAAUAAUACUUCUUAUAAUGACGAUAACGACGGUAAUGAUACUACGCUUAAUGACACCGGGCUGAAUAAACACAAUACAACUGUUGGCGGAACCGACGAAGACUACACAGACGAAAACAUGCAAGUCGAUAACUACGACGAUGACUACGAAGCAGAUUACGAUUACGACUACGACUACAAAGAUGUAGAAGAUUCUAAUUCUCCUCCAGACCCGGGUACUGACGAUUUCCUAAUUCAUCAUGAUGACAACGACUUGAUGUAUGAACCCAAUAGACAUGUGGAUUACUUAUCUCAUAAAUGGAACGAAAACGAAAUAUCUCAGUCAUGGCGUUAUAUCAUUUUGAAAAAGAAACGGAAGGACACAGAUUUAAUCAAUGCUGCAAGGUUGGAAAAUGCUUCCUGGAGAACUUGGUCAAAGGCUAGAAAUAAUCUGAAAACUGUGAAUCCAGAAUCUUUGAACUGGUCAAAGGAUUCUGAUGUAACUUGGUUAUACGGUCCGAUUGUAGUGGGCGAUCAAAAUAACUCGACGUCGUCAUCAAAGCCCACUUCCAACGUUGAAAUAGGAAACAAUCAUGCGGCCACCAUGGGGUAUGGUUCCGAUGAUGAAAAUUCAAAAAGGUUGAUCCAAAAGUCUCAGAGUCCCGGUCCUAAACCUAUUCUAAAGAAGAGAACUGUUAGUGAAAUUAUCGAGGAAAACUCCAAAUGGAGAUUAGAUAUAGCAAGGCAGCACAGAAAGCAAACUAGUGACUUGCAUGCUAUUUUGGAUCCGCAGUCAAGUCAGACAACGCAUGACGAUUAUGAUGCUAUUGCCGCGAAGGUGAAUGCACAAUAUUACAAAAAUAUCCAUACACCGCCUGAUGAAUCGGUGGAAUCUAUUUCGCCCGUUGUGACCGAAACAAACUCGUCGAUAGUAAAUACCACUCCAGGUCCAAUCUCUGGCUCUGUGAUAGAAACCCCAUCCGCAAGAUCUGAUCCUCCCAUAUUAUCAUCGAUUCUUACAUCAUCGAUGAAGCAAAAGCAAAAAAGGGAAAGACAUAUUCAUUUCAAUGACCGUGUCGAACAAUGUAUUGCGGUUAAUCAUAACCCCAUAGACGCUAAUCCUAAUGAUGACGAAGUCCCAAUGACAAAUACCGAUUACCACUCUGACGAUAUGUCGGACGGUGCCAGAUCUUCGCAUCAGUAUUCUGACUUUGACGAUGGAUAUAGAAAUUCAGGGGCCAACAGCGUCGAAGAUUACGCCGAUGACGAAGAUGAUGAAGACGCUGACAGCUACGAUUAUGAUGAAGAUGACGACGAAGAUGACGAAGAUGAUGGGUUAUUUAUCAGUGCACAUACUAGAAAAAAUCGAACCAAUUCGGGGGCUAGUGAUGGCACAGAUGUUGCAAAUUCUUUAAGAUCACUCUCACUAUCCAAAUUUCCAAACGCAACUAUUAAACCACUUCCAGCCACUACUCUAAACUACGGAUCUGACGAUGAAUAUUAUGAUGAAGACGAAAAUGAAUGGUAUUAUGGUAACGCAGUAUCACACAAUGUGAAUACUAGCAGAGGAUUUGACUACAUGUAUGAUUAUAAUUCCGUUUACACGGGGGAUACAUCCAACUUUGUAACUGUGGACAAUUCGUGUGAUAUCCUCGAUGUACCGGAUGGCAUUGGAUUAGAUACUCCAAUACAGGACGCGAAUGACGGAUAUAUGGAUGAUGACUCAAGAGGGAAAAUAUAUACAUACCAUCAAAGCCUUCCGGUACAAGAUGAUAACGAUGAACAUCCGGACAACGAAUUCAUCGCAGAUUCUUCCCAACCUGGUUUCAGUCAUGAUGACGAAGAGCAUGACGAUAACGGUGAAGAACUAGAGCUUACUGCAAAAGACCCACUAUCAUUAAGGCGAACCUCAUCUAUAGGGAAGUCUAGAGCAAAUUCCAUUCAUGAUUUUAUCACACCUUCCAAUUCUGCAUCUCCUGUUUUAAAACAGACACAUAGCUUCAUCACUGGAGAACCUUUAUCUCAACACAAUUCGACGGUAAGAAGACCACCAUUAAAAUCUCCUUCAUCGGGUAGCUUUUUAUUUGGAUCUGAUUCUGAUUCUGAGUGA